AUGGCCAGAGCGGCUGAUUGGUCGGGUUCUUAUAAAUUCGGCAACAUGUUCUAUACCGGCCCCACCGCCUCAGGCGUGCAUAUUGUCAAAGCUACAUACUCUUUGAUCCCACCUUCGACGCCAUGUGGUUAUGCCACUAGCGGUGGCAACGAGGAGCUCGCGCUGUGGAUUGGCGUGCAAGACGACCCAACGAACCAGGACGUGAUGCAAGAAAAUUUCGUGCAACCCCUGCUAAACUGGGCGCCGAGCCAAAAGCAAACAGGCUGCGACACAUCUGAUAAUACGGAGUGGUGUGUUGCAGCAAGCACGUACACGCCCGAGGGACAGAACGGGCAGACCUACGAACCGAUUGCCGCGGGCGCGCAGCUCGACUUCGAGAUCACGGUCGACGGCUCGGUCACCCAGAGCGUCUAUGCCGACGGCAAGUUGAUCUCGACGCAGACUGACAGCGAGGGCAUGGUACCUGCCGUCUUCUAUGGUGCCAACGAGUGCUAUCUGCAGUCGUGCGGCACGCUCGACUCGUACUCGUGGACAAACAUCACCGUCCAGCUUUCCGCUGCGGACAAGAACUACGGCAGUACCUUGUCUCUUACGAAUGCGGUCAGUGACGGGUUUGCCACAGCCGAUGGUGGUAUCACCUGGACGAACGCUGCGAUCACUCUGGAGAAGGACUAUCUUUACACGGAUAAUGCAGAGCAUGAGUGCACGAGUUCGUAG